AUGCAAUAUUCAUCCGCUCUUAUCGCAGCCUUUACCGUCUCCAGUGUUCUCUCACAUGGGGUCCUCGACUCAGUCGAAGGCGCCAAUGGAGUCACUAUGCCGGGUCUCUCAGUUGCUGAUGGCACUCCGCGCGACUGUGCCAGUCCUCGAUGUGGAUCAGAGGCUGACACCUCCAUUAUCCGCAAGCGUGAGAUGGGAUCUAACAAAGCUACUGCGCUUGGCCGCACUCAGGGCGGUGGCCCCGUCGAUGCCGCCAAGAUGAUGGCUAUGUUCAUGGGUGGCGCUGGAAAUACUACCGAGACCAAAGCGGCACGAGAUAUUCACGCAGCCAACGUUCUUCGUCGAAGUCUUGGAGAGCGUGCAGCCAAUGGGGGAAUCAAGACCCCUAAGGGCACAAUGGAAACUGGUGUCAAGGCUGCAGCUGGAGUUGGAGCAGCCAGCGGAAUGCCAACUUGCUCAGACGACGGAAAAGUCAAGAUGACUUAUCACCAAGUUAACCAGGACGGGGCUGGUCCCCUAACAGCCAUGAUUGACGCCACAUCGGGAGGAACCGACCCAGAUGCAUUCAAGUCAGCCGAGGUUACCCAGAACGUACCCGGAAUCGGUAUAGGAGGACUGUCAGCCGCGGCUGUGAUGGAUUUCCCGGUAGAAGUACAGAUGCCAGCAGGUAUGACUUGCUCGGGAACAGUCGGCGACGCUCAAAACGUGUGCAUUGUUAGAAUGCAAAAUGCAGCUGCAGCAGGACCAUUUGGAGGUUCCGUAGCCGUCACACAGAGCCCAGCAGCAAAGAAGCGUGCCGUUGAAUUCAACCUUUCCAAACGACACUUUGCCCGCGCCUUAGCCAAGAAGAGCCGUGAAGAUAACGCAUACGCCAAUUCUGCAUAA